UGAUAAUAAUAAUAAUAUAGAAAAAUCGUGUUUCUAACAGAUCGAACUUCGCUUUCUCCCCACUUUCGUUUCACUCCAUGAUAAGCCUCAUUGCUCUGGGAUCCGAAGGCCGAACUCUCAAACAGAUGCUCUGCUUCAUGGGGAUCGAUGGUGUUGAUGAACUCAAAUUCUUGGCUUCCCAUCUUGUUUCCUCAGUACUGCUACCUCCUGGAAAUGACAACAACGAUGACACCGGUCAUGGCCCGAUCAUAUCGUUUGUGAAUAGCGCUUGGCUGGAUCAUCGUUUCAAGUUGAAAGCUCCAUUUGAGCAAACUGUGAGAAGUGUCUAUCGUGCCACGGCAAAAGCAGUUGACUUUCUCGACAAGGCCGAUCAAGCAAGAGAAGAGAUCAACACAUGGGCAGAGAAAGAAAGCAGAUCACUAGUCAGAAACCUCCUUACCACCGAAUGGUAUAGACGAAGAGACGGUUCUGGUUCUCACAAACGCACUCUAAUUCAAAGGAACAUGGAGCAUCCCAUUCGACAUUUCCAAGACACAUCACAGAGACUUCCACACCCUAACCGGCGACACCAUCCAAGUCCCUUUCAUGACCACCGACGCGAACCAGAAACACCUCUACGCGUACACAAACGACCAUCAGGUGCUGAAGAUGCCAUACCAGACCGGACCAGACCAUGACACCCGCUGAUUCUCCAUGUGCUUCUUCCUGCCCAACGCCAGAGACGGGCUGGCUGGUUUGUUGGAUCGGAUCAGAGCAGAACCCGUGAUGAUGAACCCACAAGUGGCAGAGAGGGUCGUUUCGCCUGUUUGGAUCCCGCGGUUCAAGUUCGAGUUUGAGUUUGAGGCUUCGAGUAGUAUGAUGGAGCUUGAAUUGGUACUGCCCUUCAAUGAUAUGUAUGGGUUGAACGGAAUGGUGGAGAUAGCGGAUGAACCAGUUGUCCUGUCGAAGGUGUUUCAGAAGGUGUUUCACAAGACGGUGAUUGAAGUGAAUGAGGAAGGAGCUGAAGCUGCAGGUUGUAGUGCAGGGAGGAUUAGAGGACUUCGUUGUAGGUCAGCGGCUCCUCCCAGCUUUGUUGCUGAUCAUCCUUUCGUGUUCACGAUUGUGGAGGAGAAUUCUGGUUCGGUUUUGUUUCUUGGAGCUCUGCUCAAUCCUCUGUUAGUUGAGAAAGCCUAGCAGUAGCAAAGGGCAUAUUCUCUUCUUUUCUUCCAAACAUGUGCUGGAAAAUGCUAGUGAGCUAUGAAGUUUUAAUCUUUAUUGAACAAA